AGGGUGAAUGUCCACGUGUUGUUUGGCAGAGGAUUAUAAUCCGCACAGAGUUCAGUGACGAAACCGAGUUUUUGUCAUCAUGAUUGGAUUAGAACCAACACGCCAAUGACAAACCAGGUGAAGUUACACCAUGAACUCUCUGAGUCUGUUGGCGCCGUCUUCACUGUCCAGGUGUGUGUCAGCCAGCGCCUUCAUGACCCAGCAGCUCCUGUUUGGUUCAUCUGUGCGAAACAAAUGCUUCAGAGUCACAAACGCUGACCGCAGCCUGAGGAAAGGCAUCAUCACGGACUCGCUGGAGACCCUCAUGAACAAGGCGAGUUUCUCGCUGAAUGUGAAGCGCGGGGGUUCCUUGGUUCUGGAUGAGGACGGCACAGGCGUGGAGACGGAGGAGUUCUACGAGACGCUGCAAGACAACUCUGUCCUCAUGCUCCUGGACAUGGGAGAGAAGUGGACCCCACAUCCUAACUGUCUCUCCGGAGGUCAUGUCUGCAGACACAGGCCACUGGAACGGACAGAUGUGGCCACGGUGACCUUUGAUCUCUACAAAAAUAACCCCAAGGAUUUCAUCGGCUGCCUCAACGUGAAGGCGACUCUCUACGGCGUUUACACCAUGUCCUAUGAAAUCCAGUGUUACGCUGCCAAGAAGAUGCUCAAGGAGGCUCUGCGAUGGACCAUCUUUUCCAUGCAGGCCACAGGUCACAUCCUGCUUGGCUCCUCCUGCUACAUCGAGCAGCUGCUGGAGGACCAGGAGAACGAGGAGGUCGAGGAGGUCGAGGAGGACGAGGAGGAGGAACAACAAGCGGAGAAGAAGCUGUCGCUGCCACAGAAAGGCAGGAUCAGGCAGCUGCAGCACAUGCUUCUGGGAAGAUUGUCUUACUGGUGAUGGACUUCAGCUGAAGACGGGACGGAUUUAGUGCACGGAUGAAACGGGUGAUUCCCACCUGAUGAUGAUGA